AUGCAUAUAAUGGAAAAGAAGCACUUAAUAAAAUUAUGUAAAAAUUAGAAAUAGGAUGUCAUAUCUGUUAAAAUAAAUCAUUUUUAUAGAUAUAGAUAUGCCUAUUUUUAAUGGAUACUAAGGGAAAUCAAGAAUUUAAUAAAAAAUAAAAUAAUUAGAAAAGCAUGGUGUGUUGCAAAUACUGGAUUUACAGAUCUUGAAACUAAGAUAUAAUCAUUUAAUUCUAGCAUGGAUUACUUUCUAACCAAACCAUUAGAUUCAAAAAACUUACAUAAUUUAAUUAUUUAAAUGUUUCCACUACAUAAAUGA